AUGGUUAGAAGGAAAAAAAAACUAGGCAAUAAGAAAGUUCUUGUCAUAAAUUAUUGUGAAGUAGUAAAAAUUGAAAAAAUAUAUCAAAAUGUAAUUUAGUCAUCCUAAUUAUUAAUCAAAGACAAUUUAUCAUUUGUUGAAAUAUAUAAGUGAAAAGGGAAAUUAAUAGUAAAUAAGAAAGUAAAAUUGAUAAUUUGAUAGUUUUGUAUUCAAAUUAUGGAAAGUAAUAAUUAGUUUAUUACUUUAGAGAUUUUACAAACGAAUAAGAUGAAGAAUUUAUAUAUGGAGCCAAUAAGAUGCGGAUGGCAUAGUCUCAUAGCAAAGAAAAGUAUUUUUUAGUAUCUCAUUCAUUUAGAAAUGUGAGCUAAAUUAUAGUGGAUAGAAUUAUUUAGACAAAGUAAUUCUAAAUUGUUGUCUUAAAAAACAAUGCUGCUCUUAAUCUAAUUUAUUAUAAUAUUAUUUAAGGUAUUAUUUAAUUUAUUUUGGGUAUAAGUUUAUUAUAAUAAAAAAAAAGAAUAGGUUUGGAUUAUAUUAGUUGUAAAAAUUCUCCAAAUGAAUAAAAUCCUAACCGAAAAACCUUAUCAAAUUAUCAAGAAAGAGAUUGA